AUGUCCAUGAGCGCCGGUUGGGGUUUGGACUUUUUGCACACGGCUGGCAUUAUUCAUCGGGAUUUAGCAGCAAGGAACUGUUUCUACGACAAGCAACUGCAUGAUCUUGCCACUGCCAGGAGGCAGAACUUCUUGAAUUGCUUCAAUAUUAAGGUCAAGAUCAGCGGAUUCGGUCUUGCAAGAAAGACAGAUGCCUACGUUCAGAAAUCGAUGAGACGCAUGAUGAUUAAGUGGAUGGCUCCCGAGACAGUAGCUGCAUUUCGAUUCUCUAAGAAAUCUGACGUAUACAUGUACGGGAGUCUUCCGAUAGUCCAUCAAUACUUCGCAGCUCCUGUGCUCAAAGAUGCAGACUACAAGGAGGAAGGGAAAACUGCACCAUUAGCCAGCAAAAUCCGAACACUUCCGAUGAAGAAGGGCACUGCUCAGGUCCGAAGCCCGACUUCUCCUCGCGUAGCUACACCAAAUUCUAGAACUCCGAGAGGGCGUAGUGAGAGAGCUCUUGGAAACAGUGCGAGACGUGUUGUUCGCGAAGACAAGGCACGACCAUCACCCACUAAAACUACAAUAAAGGUGGAACCCAGUGCUGUUGACCGUAACAAGGAGCGCGUUGCUCGAGUAUUUCCAGAGCUACCACCACGAAAAUUGGAGGAAUCACCACGGCCGCAAGCAAAGAAGCCAGAGUAUGAGAACUUGGUAGCAUUUGGGGCCGCAGUUGCAUAUGCUGCACAGAAAGCCGGCAAAAAAGCACCUGUCCAGCAGAAGGCCGUGCAAGUGGAGGAGGAUGAGCCUGCAUCAAUGAGGCCUAAAUCUCCCCCACGAACCAUCGAACAGAAGAUAGAGAAAUCUGCUGAUGUAAAAGAUGCGGCAACCAAGUCAGUUAUGAAACAAGAAGAUGCACCCGCUAGCCCUGAAGAAUCACCUGUGCAAAAGAAAACGGAAGAGCCUCUGGCAGUGCAAAAGAAAGCUGCAGAUCGUGCGGAAGUUAACGAUGGUACUGUUGAAGUUGUGCUAGAUGGAAAGAAAAACCUUGUGGAAGAACCAAAUUCUGAAAGGAAGCCGUCUCCGAACGAAGAGCCUAAGCAAAAGAAAAAAGCGCCCGGUGAUGAACCCACGUCGCCCGAUCCAAACAAGGAAGAUGAGUAG